CCGACACUUGGGCCGUUUUUUAAUAAAAUUAUGAUGUGAAUUCUUAGCCCAAAAAUGGCAGAGGAGAGGUCCAUGUUAUACCUAGAAGAGGUGAGGAAUGAUGAUGCUGACACUGGAGACUGGGAUCCGUCUAUGUUCAAUACAUUGCCAAGUCAAGCUAGGCGGCCUCGUGCUGUCCCACUAGGUCUGUGUCUACUGUCUGUCAUUGUUGCCCUGGUGGUUGGAGUCAUCAUUGGUUACUUUGCUCAUCCCCUCGUCAACACCAGUACCAAGCCUGUUAACAUUGAGCUGGCAGUGCAACAUUCUACCGUUCUGGAUUCAAAAACUACAAGCACUCAGGAGCAAAGUACACUUUGCAGUAGUGUGUCCACUGUAAGAAGUCCAUCAACAUCAACCCUUCCUGACUCGUUCCUGAGAGCAACCUCUGAUGGAGAUCCCAGCAUAUCGGAGAAGAUUAUAACUCAGAUUGACCCAGAAAACAUUCGUACUUACCUCAGAUAUUUCACAUCAACAUCUCACUUGGCUGGUGAUGAACAAGAUCGCAUUCAGGCUGAGUAUGUAAAGAAGCUGUGGCAGGAUCAGGGACUGGAUAGUGUUGACCUGCAAUCGUAUGAUGUUCUCUUGUCCUACCCUGAUGUCAAUAGCCCCAACACAGUGUCGCUGCUGGAUGAUAAAGGAACGGCAGUCUAUACGACGGAUGUGCAGGAAAAACCUCUAACUGACGACCAGGCAGAUGCAGACAACAUCAUUCCUCCUUUCCAUGCCUACUCUGCAUCAGGAACGCCAACAGGUGUGCUCGUAUAUGUAAACUAUGGGCGAGUAGAAGACUUCAACUACCUAACACGCAACAAGAGCAUGAACCUCACAAAUGCUAUCAUGCUGUGUAGAUAUGGCAAGGUGUUCCGUGGGGAAAAGAUUGUCAAUGCUCAAGCGCAUGGGGCAGCUGGAGUGAUCAUCUUCUCAGAUCCCAGUGACUAUGCUAUGGAUGGGACAGAACCUGAGAAUGUUUACCCCAACACGUGGUGGCUGCCACCCACAGGCGUACAGCGGGGAACACUAAAAUUAUCAUCGCCCCCUGGUGACCCACUUACGCCAAGUUACCCUGCCACUGAACAUGCAUACAGAGUUAAUCCUAAAGAUACAGACUUGCCAAAGAUACCAAGCCAUCCUAUCAGCUAUGGUGGAGCCUAUCACUUUCUCAAGGAGCUGAGUGGAGAAUCUGCUCCAGAGGACUGGCAGGGUGGACUUAACCUUACCUACAACCUGGGUGGAGAAUUCAUCAAGCCUGGCUGGGCAGUAAGGAUGAAUGUUUCAACGACCAAUCAGAGAAGGAAAACCUACAAUGUGAUCGGCACAAUUGAAGGGGAGGUUGAGCCAGACCGAUAUGUGUUAGUUGGAAAUCAUAGAGAUGCAUGGGUGUUUGGUGCAGUGGAUCCAUCAAGUGGAACAGCGGCAAUGUUAGAACUGACAAGGGUUUUUGGAAAACUUAAGAAAGAAGGUUGGAAGCCCAGAAGAAGCCUGGUAUUCUGCAGCUGGGCAGCAGAGGAGCACGGUUUGAUUGGGUCCACAGAGUGGGUUGAAGACAAACUCAAGUCACUGGUCAACAGGGCACUAGUGUACCUGAACGUAGAUAUAGCAGUACAAGGUAAUUUCUCGAUACGAGCACUGGGAACGCCGACCAUGUAUCAGUCUCUUUUCGAUGCGGCAAAAAAGGUGCCAAAUCCCAACUCAACAUCUGUUGCUGAGGCGUCCACACUCUACGACCAAUGGGUGCGCUGCUUCCCUGAUAACGUAACAGCAGACCCCGAUGAUACACAGCCAGAAGUCGCAGCUCUAGGAACAGGCAGUGACUAUCGCAGCUUUAUCUAUAAUGGGGGUGUUCCAUCUUGUGAUAUCCGCUACACGUGGGAUAAGUUCUCCACUCCUCUGUCAUCGUACCCAUUGUACCACUCUGCUUAUGAGACAUUCUUCUUGAUGGACAAGCUCAUGGACCCUACAUUUGAGUAUCAUGCAGCAGUGACCAAGAUGUGGGGAGAGAUGGCACGUAACCAUGCUGACUCUAUCCUCGUGCCCAUAGACCUCUCCUACUAUGGCACCAGCUUGGUGGACAGUGUUGCCAAACUACAGAAAGAUUACAAGCAGCUAUUCAUUGACAGUGGAGUCACCUUUGCUGCUUCACUAGAUGUGCUGGAGACAGAGGUAAAGAGCUUUCAAAAGAGAAUUAAACAGUUCAUGCAGGAAGCCAAUGAAGUUGACCACACGAACACACUCGCAGUGCGAGCAGUGAAUGAUCAACUGAUGCUGCUUGAACGAGCAUUUCUCGACUCCUAUGGACUUCCGGGACGCCCUCUUGACAAACAUAUCAUCUACGGUGCAAGCAGUCAGGACAACUACUCAGGAAUGGCCUUUCCAGGAUUGUUUGACCUCUUGUUUGAAAUUGACAGAGAACCGAACCCUGCAGAAAGAUGGGACAAGGUGGAUAAACACUUAUCUGUUCUAGUUUAUACUAUACAUGCUGCAACAGCUACACUGAGCAGUGCCAUCUAAUGACUGUAUCAGAAAACACUUGUGGCACGAGUUGUGCAACUACGAACUGAGGUCUGAGGUCGGCACUGUGAUAUGAAAGCACUGCGGUGCUGUAUAAGAGGAUCUGGUAACAGUAUUCGUCACUUUCUCACUUAGAUUAGCAGAACUGGUGCUAAUACAUAAGCUGACCACCACUGCUGCAAUAAGAGCUUCGAAUGAGGAUGCGUUGUUGUGGUUGAUCGUGUUCAUAUUAGGAAUGCUUCAUCAAUGAUGUCACGUUACUGAUGAAUUGCACUUGAUAUGUGCGUGAAAACUAGUUCCUGUCAUUUUCCCUUUUCGUGACGAGAACACUUGGGUUGGCAUUAGAUAUGUUUCAAUGUUUCUCUGUGUCAUUGGAUGGGGUUGUAUGUUUUAUUAAUGUUAUGGUGCUUUCAGAUACAUUUAAAUGUUUAGUUAUAUCUAUAAAUCGAGAAUAUAUUAAUGCAUAACUUUAUUCAUCAAUUAUUAGGUACUACCAAUAUUUAAACAAUCCUUUUAACAUUAAAGAACUAAAGUGAGUUGUUUAAUGUGAUGGUUCGCAUACUCGUAGUGUAUUACCUUAUGAGGAUAUCUAUAUAUAUAUAUACGUAUAUAUAUGUAGCUUAGUUUUAUUGAUGAUUACUUUCAAAUACCUAACAACGUCUUAUUAAGCCAUCACACAUAUAUUUUGUAUAGGUCUAAGUUCUUGUUCGUGUUAUGAAUAGUUAAUCAUAGAUUGAAUACGAUGGUUAUCAUUUAGCAGUGAGAUGUCAUCGCGAUAAAACACUAGUACUGAUAAUAUCAAGAGCCUGUGAACAAUAGUUCAUGUCCCUUGAUCCCUUGAUGAUAUCACAGUUUAAAUUAUGAUUAUGGUAUACAUUUUAACAAUUUGUAUCCGUAGGUUUGUUCAUGUCUGUAUAAAUAUAGUUUGCUAAAAUAUUACUAUUAAUAUUAUUAUUACUAGAUAUUUUACUAUUGGAUAUUUCAGAAUGUUUAUCCAACCUCAGCGAUUAACCAUCUUGGAGCUUUUCUAUGUGCGUUAUACUAAUUCAAAUGAUACCGGGUUUGGCGUGAUAUCGGUAGUCAUCAGAAGUCGGUAAAUGUUACUGAUAUGUCUUGCUAAAUAUACUUCAUCUGUGCUACGAUUCCCUGCUGCUGCAAUUGCUUCGACGAUUUCUAAAGCCCUUUGAUUUGUAUGAAAUAUGAUCAUGAACCAUAAUCACUACCGAUUUUAUUAGUUAAACAAGUUUAUUGACAUACGUGAAUUAAAAUAUUGGAUUCGUUGCAAUUACCCCACGUUAUUUGGCAUUCUAGUAUCUAGGCGUAUCUGGACUCGCAUAGUGCGCCUCGCUGCGCUGCUCACAUAUGCCGCGUUCACACGGAGCGUUCGACCCGUGUCGUUUCGCUCCGUGUGAACGCGGCUGUAAACAGAUGCGGAUGUUAUGUAUUGAACCGUAGAGACAUUUACUGACUUGAUGCAUCUCUUUAUUAUAAUAUUAACUAUCUUGUGUAUACGUGCUGACCAACCAUACUAAUCUGUGGUAAAAACGGGCAACCAAUUGUAACUGUUUAGUCGAAUAAUAAUAAUAAUAAAAAAAUAAAUAUUCAUAAUUACAA